GGCCUGCUGUUGUGGACGGGCCUACAAGGACGGAGUCCGGAAGUGCAGUCGCGCUGCUCGAGCCUGGGCUGGGGUCGCAGGGGUCGCCGGGGCGGCGAGGCCGGCAUGGCGGCGCUGCGGAGGCACGUGUUUGUUGGAAAAGUGCUGAAGAAACUGUAUCCUGAGGUUCCACGUGGCCAAGAGAAGAGGGCCCCAGUGAGUCCAGCCUGCAGAAACCCACCUGAGAAAGUGGCUCCUGAGAGAGUGAAGGGCGGGGGCAUCCCCCUCAUGACAGGUGGUGACACUCAGGUCCAGCCUGCGCGACGGCUCUACACCGUGGGCCUGCCUCCUGAGGGGUGGGUCCCCCCUCCGCCGGAGGCCCCCAGCUGCUCGAGUCCUGAGAGCUCCUCCAGCGGCGAAGACAUAGGAGAUCAGGAUCUUCAGGCUCAACCAAAGAGAAGAAGAAUUAGAAAGCAUAAUUCAAAGAAAAAAUUUAAAAAUCCCAGUAACAUUCCUCUAGAACAAGCAGAAUUAGAGAAACAGCAGAGUAUUUUGCAAGAAAAAUUGCAGCCACACAGCCACAGCCACACAGAUGGCCCCACAAUAAGCAAAAAUAAAAAAAGGAAACUGAAAAAGAAACAGCAAAUUAAAAGGAAGAAAGCAGCUGGCUUACUAACAGGAGUCUCUGGCGUCAACUUCAUGUACCAGCCUGAGGAGACCAGCAGUGAGCAGGGCGACAUGAGAGUGAGUGAUGAAGAGGACGGCGCAGACGGGGAGGGAGGGGGCCCGGAUGCCGAGGAGGAAGGAGCCACAGACGCCGGGAAGGAAGACGUUAAAAGUACCAAUGAAAAGGCAGAUGAUAUCCUGAACUUUCUGAAGUCAACACAAGAAAUUUAUUUUUAUGAUGGUGUCUCCAAGGAUUCGGACUCGGCUGUCUUCAUGGAGACCAGUGGAGAGCUAUUUAAAUAUCUUGAAACUCACAGCAUGCCCUCCUCAGAUGUGUUCAUUCUGGAUCACAUGAAAACGCUGUUACUUUUGCAAGAUACUGAAAGAUUGAAGAGUGCCCUGGAAGUGUUCCCAGAACAUUGCAGGAUGCCACCCGAAUAUCAAGAACAUGUUUUUCCUGUUUGAUCUUCCUUUUGUCACAGAAGCCGUCACCAGUUUUCAGUGAGACUGAGUUUUAAAAACACCAAUCAAUCGAUGCAGCGUCUUAGGAUUGGCACUGUCUCUAUACAUGAAAAUAUACUUUUUUAUUGUGGUAAAAUAUACAUAACAUAAAGUAUGCCAUUUUAGCCAUUUUGAAGUGUACAGUUAAGUGGCAUUAAGUACAUUCACAGUGUUGUGAGGUCAUCACCACUGUCCUUCCUUUUUUAGGCUGAACAAUGUUCCACCUCUGUCCGUGGACACUGGGGUUUCCCCCAUUUCCUGUUAUGAAUAAUGCUACUGUGUGAACAUCAUGUACAAAAUUCUGCGUGCACAUUUGUUUUCAUUUAUCUUGGGAGUGGAAUAGCUGGAUCAGAUGGCGACUCUACGUUAACCUUUUGAGGAUCUGCCAGGAUGUGGUCCACAGCAGCUGCACCAUCUUCAUCCCCACCACCCAAACAUGAGUGCCAAGUUCUCCACGUCCUCACCAACACUUGUUAUUUUCCAUUUUCCUGGUAAUAACCAUCCUCAUGGUUGUGCAGAGGCAUCGUGUGGUGGUUUCAGUUUACAUUCUAUGUACUCAUUGGCUCUUCUCCUCCUUGCAGAAAUUCCUGUGGAAGUUAUUGCCCAUUUGUGAAUUAGAUUAUUAGCUUUUUGUCAUUGAAUUAUGAGUCCUUCAUGCUGGGUAUUAACCCCUUAUCAGAUCUGUGAUUUGAAAAUAUUUUCUCUCAUUCUGUAGCUUGUCUUUUCACUCUCUUGUUAGUAUAUAGAUAGAUUCUUUUUCAUAUUCAUUAUGAUUUAUUACAGGAUAUUGAAUAUAGCUGCCUGUGAUAUACAGUAGGACCUUGUUUCUCCAUCCUAUAUAUGCUAGUUUGCAUCUGCUGAUCCCAAAUUCCCAGUCCAUCCCCCUCCCCAUUAGCAACCACAAAUCUGUUCUCUGUCUGUGAGUCUGUUUCUGUUUUGUAAAUAAGUACAUUUGUGUGAUAUUUUAGAUUCCACAUAUAUGAUAUCAUAUGGUAUUUGUCUUUCUCUUUUUGACUUGUUUCACGUAGUAUGAUAAUCUCUAGGUCCAUCCAUGUUGCUGCAAAUGGCAU